GAUACGGCGAAAGUCAAGUGGGGAACGGACAAUGUGAAACUGCGUUUUGUGGAUUCUUUUAAAUUUCUCAGUACUAGUCUCGAGAAAUUGGUAUCGUAUCUCGACAAGAGUAAAUUGACAAUCACGCGGUCGGAAUUUCGCAAUCUUAACACCGAGGAUUUUGAUCUGCUUACGCGUAAAGGAGUGUUUCCGUACGAGUACGUCAAUAGCGUUGAUAAGCUGGACGAGACUAGUUUACCGCCGCGCGAGUCGUUUUACAGUUCGUUAACCGACGAGGUCGUUUCCGAGGAUGAUUAUCAACACGCGACGAACGAUUUGCGACGCUUAUGCAUAGAGACUCUCGGUGAUUACAGCGAUUUGUAUCUCAAGACGGAUGUGCUUUUAUUGGCGGACGUUUUCGAAAAUUUUCGUGAUACGUGUAUCGAGACUUACGGCUUGGAUCCGACGUAUUAUUACCUACCGGGAUACACGUGGGACGGUAUGUUGAAAUACACCGGUAUUCGAUUCGAAUUGCUCACCGACAUCGACAUGGUGAUGUUUGUAGAGCGUGGUAUACGCGGUGGUUUAAGCCAAUGUUCGCAUAGAUAUGCGCGAGCUAAUAACAAGUAUGCACCUUCGUACGAUCCUUCGGAACCCUCGACGUACCUCAUGUACUUCGAUGUGAAUAAUUUGUACGGUUGGGCGAUGUCCGAAUCCUUACCGUAUGGAGAAUUUCAAUGGGUCGAUGACGUCGAGCGCUUUGACGUAAUGUCUGUGUCGUCAGACUCCGUUAUCGGUUAUAUUCUAGAAGUCGACCUUGCGUAUCCGCAAAGCGUUCAUGACGCUCAUACUGACCUUCCAUUCUGUCCCACUCGCGAACGGCCUCCCGGAAAACGAAAUGAUAAACUGCUGGCUACACUCUACGAUAAGGAGCGCUAUGUCACGUACUAUCGCAAUUUGCAACAAUGCAUUCAGCACGGAUUAUACGUGAAAAAAAUUCAUCGAAUAUUACAAUUCGCACAAUCCCCAUGGCUUCGCGGAUACAUCGAACUCAAUACGAGAUUCAGAAAGCUCGCGAAUAACGAAUUCGAGAAGAAUCUUUACAAAUUGAUGAAUAACGCGGUAUUUGGAAAAACAAUGGAGAACGUACGCGAUCAUGUUGACGUUCGACUCGUAACGCGUUGGGACGGAAGAUACGGUGCGGAAGCGAUGAUAGCGAAACCGAACUUUCACAGCAGAAGUGUCUUUUCCGAAGAUCUAAUUGCUGUCGAAAUGCGCAAACUCGAGGUAAAAUUGAACAAACCGAUAUACGUAGGUAUGUGCAUUCUCGAAAUAUCCAAGAUGCGUCUGUAUGAAUUUCACUACGAUUACGUAAUGCCGUUGUAUCGCGAUAAAUGUAAGAUCAUGUACACGGACACUGACAGUUUGAUAUAUCUUUUGGAGUGUGAAAAUGUAUACGAGAAUAUCAAGCGUGAUAUCGCGAGAUUCGACACGAGCGAUUACCCUGAGGGAAACGCGUAUGAUAUUCCACGCGUUAAUACCAAAAUACCCGGUUUGAUGAAAGAUGAAAAUAACGGCGCGAUUAUGACGGAAUUCGUAGGACUCAGAGCGAAGAUGUACGCAUUUAGAGUGAUCGGGAGAAGCGAUACGAAGAGAAUAAAGGGUGUGAAGAAAAACGUAGUCGCGAAAACGAUCACUUUCGACGAUUACACGCGGUGUUUGAAUGACGUAAUGGAACAGCUGAGACGGCAGUCGUGCAUACGAUCGACAUUGCACGAGGUCUACACGGUGUCUGAAUUGAAACUCGCUCUCAGUCCGUAUGACGAUAAGCGGUACGUCGUACCCGAUUCGGUCGCUACUCUACCUUGGGGACAUUAUAAAAUACCGUUGUAA